CAUUCUCUCAAUUUCCAUUCAUUCCUUCAUCCACUGCUCAAAAGAAAAGAUUAAAAAAAACACCCUAUUUCAUACAACAGCAGACUCAUAUACAAGCAAACACAAGCGUAAACAUGUGUAUUAAUGCAUCCAAAUGCAGUCCUUUAAUCUCCUCAUUCUCUCCGGUCCACCGGCGUCGAAUCAAGAGAUCCAAGGUUCGAGUCAGGAUCACACCAAGUCGAUCGGCAUCAGAAGCAACAACAGGAAGAGGAUCUGAAAUGGCUUUACAGAACUUAAAGCUAUACCUGGAAAACCGGUGUAUAAUCGAGGAGAACGAGAAGCUGCGGAAAAAGGCACUACUCCUGGACGAAGAAAAUAAAGCAUUGCUUUCAGAGAUGAAGAAGAAAUUCUCCCAUCUUGAUGAAAUCACUACCGUCACCUCUAAUAAUCACUGAGUAGUCGUUUUUUUCUUUUUUCUUUUUCUUUCUUUUUUUUUUUUUUUGAAUUUUGUGGGAAAAUAAGAGGUGGGAUGAUUUUUCCUUCUAACAUAAUAUAUAUGAAUCUUGUCAUUGGUAGGGAAUAAGCUUGAACGGUUAUUAGUUAGAGAGUUAGAGGGAAGGUAUUUUUCUUGGGAUUUGGGAAUUGUGCACCACGUGCGCAUUUUAGUGUAUGAUGUUAAUUUUAGGCUGAUGCGGUAAUGGAGAUGAUUUACAUAUGAAAAUUGAGAUGCAUAUACGCACUUGUUCAA